AUGGCGGGCGGGGGGCUCGGAGGGCUGCGGGGGGCUGCGGCGGGGGGCUGCGGCGGGGCCCGGCGGCCGAGCGGGGGCACCGAACGCCGAGCGCAGCCGACGGUGGCCCUCUCAGCCCAAAAAGGCCCGGCCCCCGAGACGCCAUCGGCGGCCCGGCGCCCCCUCGCGGCCAAAACGGGAAACCGACCCGACCCCGGAGACGCCAUCGGCGGCCCGGCGCCCCCUCGCGGCCAAAACGGGAAACCGACCCGACCCCGGAGACGCCAUCGGCGGCCCGGCGCCCCCUCGCGGCCAAAACGGGAAACCGACCCGACCCCGGAGACGCCAUCGGCGGCCCGGCGCCCCCUCGCGGCCAAAACGGGAAACCGACCCGACCCCGGAGACGCCAUCGGCGGCCCGGCGCCCCCUCGUGGCCAAAACGGGAAACCGACCCGACCCCGGAGACGCCAUCGAGGGGCCGGCGCCCCCUCGUGGCCAAAACGGGAAACGGGCCCGGACCGGGAUGCAAGGAUGAAGCUGACCGUGUUUCUCCUGUCACUGGCUGGCCUGCUGCAGGCGGCCACGUUCCUGAAAAUAGCUUCUUUCAACAUCAGAACAUUUGGAGAGAAAAAAAUAACGAACGUCACCAUCGCCGACGUUAUUGUCAAAAUCCUGAAUCGCUAUGACAUCGCCCUCAUCCAAGAGGUCAGAGACAGUCGCCUGACUGCCGUGGGGAAACUAAUGGAUAAACUCAACAGGGACUCCCCGGACACAUACCGAUUCGUUGUCAGUGAGCCACUGGGCCGCGGCUCCUACAAGGAACAAUACCUCUUUGUGUUCAGGCCCGAGAAGGUGUCCUUGCUGGACAGCUACCAGUAUGACGACAGCCGUGAGUCCUUUGGAAAUGACACCUUCAGUCGAGAGCCUAUGGUGGUCAUGUUCUCCUCCCCAUCCACAGAGGUGAAAGAGUUUGUCAUCGUGCCCCUGCAUGCCGCCCCCGCCGAGGCCGUUAAGGAGAUCGAUGCCCUCUAUGACGUCUACCUGGAUAUCAUCAGCAAGUGGAACAUGGACAACAUCCUGUUCAUGGGAGAUUUCAAUGCAGGCUGUAGCUACGUCUCGGCCUCUAGCUGGUCUGCCAUCCGCCUUCGCACCAACCCGAAAUUUCAGUGGCUCAUCUCCGAUGACGUGGACACUACUGUGACCUCAACGUACUGCCCCUAUGACAGGAUUGUGGCCUCUGGGAAGAAACUGAGGAGUAGCAUUGGGCCUGGAUCUGCCUUCCCAUUUCAUUUCGAGAAAGCAUACAAACUGAAACAAGAGAUGGCUUUGGCUGUCAGUGACCAUUACCCUGUAGAAGUGACUAUUGAAUGAAUGAAUGACCCUGGAGAGUGUCUGAACCUCAGGGAAUGCUCAGCCCCAACGCGUUUCCUUGCUUUUAGGCUCCCCCUUCUCCCCUUCCCUUUCUUUCCAACGUCCCUGGGUGGAACAACUAGCAGAAUGGGCACCUCUCUGCUGGUUCCUUGCAGCCUUUUACACAGUUGUGUCUCCCUAAGGCUGCUUUUUAGUUUAUUCUAAAGGCAUGGGGAUUCCCCACACAAUGACUUCCCGUAGGGUGCAGGUUUUAGGGUGUAGGUGUUGCGAUGUGCAGGUAACUAAACUUCAAAGGGUCAAGUCCGAAGGAAGACGUCACCAUGGUCUCCAGUGUCACCGUGGUCUCCGACAGGCUAUGGUUUUCCUUUUUAAGCAGCAACGGUAGCCCAACCUGGCUGCUGGAAUAUUUCCCUCUCUGGCACAAAUAAACCUAAGAGGACUGGG